AGCCAAUCACAGCUGCGUCCGCAAGUCACAUGACACCAUCCCAGCAACGUCAUUUUCAUGCGUCUACCUCUGACAGAUAGCUGCUCCAUGUGAACCAGCUUUCACCAAAGUUAUCCUUAAUCACCGGUUUGGUGUGGAGCGGUGAUGCCAGUUGCUGAAUUGUGAGAAACCUUUUCUCUCCUUUCCCUACCUGUGGUCUUGUCUCUCAGACCCCAAUGGCCAGCCGCCUCUUGGGCAGAUAUGCCCGUCUGCUCUGCAGGGCCUCCUCCUCCCAGACAUCAGCUGCUGCCCGCCUGCCUCCACCUGUGGCUGGGCCUGCAGAGGUGCAGAGGGCUCAGGGCUGGCCAUGGGUCACAGAAAGGUUAAUGUGCAAGGGAAGGACAGUUACCAAAGAAGACCCCGUUCCAAGCACGCCUUCACGCACCCAGCUGGAUGAGUUGGUGGAUAAAGCAGAAGUGCCAGAGGACAUCCUGCUGGCCUGGGCAGAGCAUGGACAGAAUGGUAAUCAAGCUGCCAAUGCCCUGAUGAAGCUGGUGCUAAAGACGAAGGGCAAGUUUAUGGAACAAAAAGCAAAACUGAUGACGGAUUCGAGGCUACUGGAUAUGAUGGAAACUGUGUCUCGGGAGGUGUCCUCAGUUUGGAAUGGCAAUUUAGUGUCCGUCUUGCGAGCUUUCUGGAUUAUGGGUGUGCCCUCCAGUGAUCCAGUACUCACUUCUGUCCAGACUGAGGUCCUGUGGCGAGUCCGUAGGCUCAGCUACAGGCAGCUGGGCUUCCUGGCGGAUUGGGGAGCAGGCAGGAAAGGACAGCAGGAUGUGGCGAUAGUGAACGCUGCAUUAAAACAGCUGGAACUGCGCUGGACUGAAAUCACUGAUUCUAAAACUGUCAGCGCACUGAUAUCCAAUGGACAACGCAUGUCACCUACGUUGAUAGACAGACUUGAAGACAAGGCUUUGGAGCUCGCAGAGGGUUUUUCAGCAGAAGAGAUCCGCAAAGUCUGUGUAUCGUUGGCAGCUCAGAACCGCAGGUCUGUCCCGCUGCUCAGAGCUUUGUCAUACCACCUUCUCCAGAAGCCGUCGGCAGAGUUCACCACUCCACUGAUAAUGGACAUGGCUUUUGCAUACGGGAAGUUGAAUUUCCACCAUUCUCAGGUAUUUCAGCGAAUGGCCUCCGAGUUGUUACCCAGAGUCCCUAAACUCAGCUCUGCUGAUGUCACUCGCUGUGCUAAAUCACUGGGCUUCCUCAAGUGGCUCCACAUCCCUCUCUUUGAGGCCUUUGCGGAGCACUACACCGACAACAGUCAGAAGUACAGUACCCUUCAGCUCUGCAAUCUGCUCAUGACUUUUGCCAGACUGAGCUUCCAGCCCAGCAAAGGAGAAGACUUCUAUAGCAUGGUUCACUCUGUGCUGGAGGGCUCUCUCUCUGGCCUGGAGCCCUUCUUACAGACAGAUGUGGUGUGGGCUCUGUGUGUGCUGCAGCAGGCCAAGCCCCACUACCUCACCCCCCUCACACAACCGAGUCACGUUACCAAACUGUCAGAGGGCAGUCCAGCUCGAGUGGAGAACUAUCGGCUGAAGCUCCUCCAUGUUGCUGCUACUCUCCACUUAGAGCACUUGUGUUCUUCAGAUACUCCAUCCUCCCCGAGUGCCCUGUCCGUCCCGGCCAGCAGCUCCCCCCCUUCUCCCAUGCAGAGCAGUCUAACAGAGGCUUUACAGAGUUUGGUGGGUGGGAGGACCGAGGCCCUUCGCACUGGGGUUGACACUGUUUAUGGAUGGACUAUUGAUGGUGAGCUGGUAGUGGACUGUGACAACAAACCAGUCGACAUGUCGAUGCUGAAAGCCCCUCAUCUUCCCAGUGGAGGAGGUGACCAGGUUUUACCUGUCGGGGCACAGCGACUUGCUUUCGUGGCUUGGGAAUUUCCAAACUUUGGCUCAAAGAGUAAAGACCUUCUGGGACGGUUUGCCAUGAUGAAGCGACAUCUCCAGUUGGCUGGCUUCAUCACAGUGGAGGUGCCAUAUUAUGAGUGGCUGGAGCUGAAGACAGACUGGCAGAAACUGGCUUACCUGAAGGAUAAAAUGGGGAAGGCUCUGGCCGAGGACAUGGCCAAAUGAACCGAUCGGUCUUGAGUGAAUUUGCAGACUCGGCUAAAUCAGAGCGUUCCCAAUCUAAUGGGACCACGGAGGAAUACACACACGCACACCCACGUUCACACUCAUACCGGAGCAGCAUUGCAGAAAAGCUCUCUCAUACUUUGUCAGGAUAAAAAAAAAAGAAAAAUCAUAUUUUCACUCUGGUUCCCUUGGCAACGUGUGGGGCUUUCCCUGUUUCCAUGGUGAUGACGAGCGAGAGUUUUGGAGCCAGAGAGAGAGACAGAAAUAAACACAACAGCGAGUCCUUCUGUUGAAAUGAUAUGAUCAACAACUGUUUGCAUCUGCGAGUGACAUGUCAAAACAGAAGCACCCGGGCCAUUUGUAGAAGUUUGGCCAAAACGUUGGGCUUAAAAUCAGCAUGUGAAUAGAUUGGAAUAACUUAAUUAUAACUCUGUGAAUGUGUGACAUCUUGUGAUGAAAUAAAUUAUUUUAUUUCCAAUUUU